GGUUCAUGAAUUAUGAGGAUACAAAAAAUGCGUAAAAGCUUAUCUCUUUACAAUUUCUAAAUUACAGUUCUAACCUCGCAUCAAGACAAAAGCAUCUUCAAUUAAGCUAUAAAAAUUGCGCAUCAGAUGAUGAGAAACUUCAAGAGGACAAAGGCAUAAUGGUACACGUACGCAAUAAUCAGAAAGCUAUCAUAUCAUUGGACAAGAAAAUGGAUGCAAUUAAAACAAAGAUAAAGGGAGGGAAGCAAAAUAUAAAGGAUAAUAAAAGAUUAAGCUCCAUGACCAAAUCGAUCGACACUCUCUCGUUGAGUGAUAACAUGACAACAGAAGGUAGACGACAGAAAGUGUUUAUUGUAAUAGGCAUCAACACAGCCUUCAGCAGCAGGAAAAGGUGUGAUUCUGUUAGAGAGACUUGGAUGCCUACUGGAUUAGACUUGUUGAAAUUAGAGAAAGAGAAAGGGAUUAUCAUCCGCUUUAUGAUCGGCCACACAGGUUCAGGUAAUGGAGUUCUAGAUCAAGCUAUCGAUGAAGAAGAGGCUCAGCACAAAGACUUCCUUAGACUUGAUCAUGUUGAAGGUUAUCUGGAGCUAUCUGCAAAGACGAAAGCAUUCUUUAGUGCUGCUUUCGCCAAGUGGGAUGCCGAGUUCUAUGUUAAGGUUGAUGAUGAUAUUCAUGUUAACCUGGGUACGCUUUCUGCAACUCUGUUUCGCCACCAUAUGAAACCCAGAGUAUAUGUAGGGUGCAUGAAGUCUGGUCCAGUUCUCUACCAGAAGGGAGUUAAAUACCACGAACCCGAGCACUGGAAAUUCGGUGAGAUAGGAAAUAAGUACUUCAGACAUGCAACAGGGCAGCUUUAUGCAAUCUCCAAAGACCUGGCUGAGUACAUUUCUAUCAAUCAGGAGAUACUGCACAUGUAUGUCAAUGAGGAUGUGUCACUCGGGUCCUGGUUCAUAGGCCUUGAGGUUGAGCACGUAGAUGAUCACAGUAUGUGCUGCGGGACCGAAGAUUGCCAGUGGAAAUUGAAGGGAGGUGAUGUUUGUGUAGCAUCAUUUGAUUGGGAAUGCAGCGGGAUAUGCAAGUCGGUGGAUAAGAUGAAGGAUGUACACACCAAAUGUGGUGAAGAUUCAGAAGCUCUAUGGCAUGCACUCUAAUAAUAGUGAACAUUAAUAAAGUGUUUUGAGACCCAAAGUUUCUUCUCCUUAUUGGGUUCACCCUUAGAUUUAUUGCAGUACAAGUAACACAGCU